UAUCAUAGAAAUUGCAUAUUAUGUACUUUUAAAUCUUUACUUUACAUAUUUCGAGAAUAAAGAAAGAAAAAUAUUAAUUUAUCUUGAUUUUAAAUUUCAAAACUUUUCAAUAAUGGAAAAUACUUCAGAAAAAAUCGUUGAAGCGAGUAAAAGCAGUACUGAUAAAAAAUAUCGAUUGCAAGCAGCGGCUUUUUUAGGAACGGUAGCUUCCAUAUCAGCUUUAAUAGGUUUUUCGAAAACACUAGCCAGUGCUAAAAAAGAUGAACAUAAGCUUAUAGAAAAAGGAGGUGUCGAGGCUGUUAAACUUUUAGAAGGAGGUACAGCAUUAGCUAGUAGAGCCUUAGCAUGGGGUACUUUAUAUGCGUUUUUGGGAGUAGGUACAUUUUGUUUUGGCGUUUGGAAGUUAUCAGGAGCUAAAAAUUUUGAAGAGUUUAGAUAUAAAGUUGGAGCAGGUUUACCUAGAUUAACAAAAGAGGGACCACCAACUAGUCGAACAGAAUUCGAAGGACUCACUGAUUUGAUGUUAUAUUUAGAAAAAUGGGGUAAAUAAAUGCCAAGAU